ACCUGAUUAAUCUGGUGACUGACCAGACAAGAGAGAAGUUGAAACUUGGUAGAUGUUUCACGGAAGAAGUGUCUGCCAUAUGUGCCUUUUUCCCAAUUUAAAUGUUGAGAACUCGGACAACAACGGGAGUUUAGAUUUGUUUUUUUGACCGAAGUCUUGUUUUCAGACUUGAGACCAUGGGCUCUUGUUUAUUUUGCGGUCCGAAGCUGGCCGCUUGUGGAAUUGUUAUCAGCAUCUGGGGAGUCGUUAUGCUGGCGAUGUUGGGUAUAUUUUUCUCCACCCAUUCUGCAGUGCUUAUCGAGGACGUGCCCCUCACUGAGGCUGACUUCAAAGAUGAUCAGAACCCCCCCCAGAACAUCUACCGCCUCUACAACCAGGUGGGCUAUAACUGCUUCAUAGCAGCUGGCUUCUACGUGUUGGUGGGCGCCCUGUCUCUGUGCCAGGUCAAGCUCAACAGGCGCAAGGAGUACAUGGUACACUAACUCCCCCUGCUGGAGGGGAGGAGGCACUGCAUCGUCCCGUGACACGGGAGGAGAGCUUCCUUUGACCUGAGCCUGAGGGGCAGUGUUGUUGGACGUGUCUGUGUAUGUCAUGAAUCGGAUGAAUGAAAUAAUCUUUGACAGAGAACAGGCUUUCGUUGGUUUAACGUGUGAUUCACUGGUGCUCGGUUCUUCUAGAAUCUUGCCUGUUCCGUGUGUUCUAGAAUGCUUGCCUUGUCUUGAGUGUUCUAGAAUGCCGUGUGUUCUAGAACAUGUUCUCUCUGAUUCUCAAGUGUGCCUUUUUAGACAGAAUGUCAUUUUUCCUUAUUGCGUGCCUUUGAUUGGACUAAAGAAAUCAACAAAUGUGCCAACCACAACUAACUCUAGUGACAUCAGUUUGUAGUAUGGGAUUUUGAAAAUAAACAUUUUAAUUAAACAUAA